AUUGAGAUUAUUCUUAUGAUUGAGUGCUUGAGAUGGACACUGAAAGAGCAUUGUUUACAUUGUCAUGUACUCUCUUAGUAGCUUGUGGUUCUUCUACAGUAGUUAUGAUAUUAGAUAGAUUGCUCUACCAAGAGAACGACAGUGUCUUACCAUCUAGAGAAGGAAACAAGACGAGCUUUGUGGAGAGUAAACAAGGUUGUAACCUUCGAGAAACAGUAUUUGAAAGGGGAGUAGAUGGUCCAAAUUCCCUCGAUACUUUAAAGGAAGACUUCCAAAGGAGGAUGAAGAGGAAGGAACAAGAGGAAACUGAACAACUGGAGAAACAAGUGGAGUCCAGCGUAUCGAGUGCAUUACCCAGAGUCUUUCGUUUAGUAGGUCAGCAUUUAGUAACUCCUGUCGUGAUAAAACGCCUAGAUCAACUCAGAGAACUUUAUUUUCAUCAAUUCUGACUCAUAAUACACAACUGAAUUAUCUAUGAAAGUUCACAGUUAGUAUUACCUUUGGCUUCUCU